CGGCAUUUUUCUCUUGGUCGUUGGGGCAUUGUUCAACGACAUUUGGCAACACCUCGGCGAGGGUGGGGUCAAACUGGGAAAGAGCCAAUAGAUGGUGCUGCCGAAAUGGGGCCUCUUCCUAGAUAAAAAAAGCUGCAGGAAAGCGAAUCGAUUGGCAGAGAGGGCGAGAGAGAGGAAGAGCUGGCGAUGGCCAACGUGACUCGCCUGCUGGAAUGGAUCUUUGCUUUCUAUUUUCUCACGCACAUUCCGGUCACUGUCUUGCUAGACAUGCAACUGCUCCUGGGGCCGCUGUUUUACCCCCCCAGUUUGACAGAAUUCCGAACCUGGUAUGUGACUAAGUUUAAGGACCCCAUAAUGUUGGAACCACCUUCCUGGUUCACGCCAUUCAUGUUCUGUGAAGCCUUCUUACAGCUGCCCUUCUUCCCUGUUGCAGCUUAUGCGUUCUGGAAAGGGAACUGCAAAUGGAUCCGGAUCCCGGCCAUCAUUUACGCAACACAUGUAAUUACGACGCUGCUUCCCAUCCUGGCUUACAUCCUGCUCAAUGAUUUCUUGAGCUGCAAGUACCCUAGCCCUCAGACGGUGCAGGAACGCGUGACCCUCUUCGCCGUAUACAGCCCGUAUCUUGUGAUCCCUUGCCUCAUUCUCUGUGUGAUGCUCUUCAGCCACCAGUAUCACCAGGUGGAGAAGAAGAAAAAGAACUGACCUGGUUGGGAGUUCCUCCAUAGGGAAGAAGGAACAAGCCUUGGCCUGCGGAGCUUGCAAACUUGGUCAAUAAAAUACUUUUGUGUGGGG